CGCCGAAACCGUUUCCAAACUGUCCAUACGGCCUACAGCGGGCACUACGUUGACAACCCCUGAGGUUCGCAGCAGCACGAAGCUCGAUGUCGUCCUUACAGAAGACGAUAUGGAUCGCGGCGCUGAUUCAGGUCAUGGCCACCGCUUGGCUCCUGGCAGAAUUCCUUCGAGAUCCCAGUCCAGCAGCGGUCGUGGCGAAGGAAUACUCUUACAUAGGCCAUGACUACCCCGUCGAAUUUCCUGUCAGCAACAUCGAGCGCGUUGCAAUGACGCUCCAGGAGUCGGUUCACUUCUCCCUGAAUGUAUCCGAUCACAUGGCCAACAAAGAGUGGGAUGCGCUGGACAAGCCACGGCAUUUUGGAAGCACGCACGUCGGUCCGCAAUUCCGCUCCGUCGCCACAGUCUUCGGACACCAGCUUCAUUGCCUGCGAACGUUACACAGCGGAGUGCUCACCAAGUACGGGCACUCGGACGAAGAGCCCAACUACCACCACUGGCAACAUUGUCUCAACUAUCUCCGACAGACAUUCCUUUGCGACGCCAUCGACACGCUUGAGGAGGGUGAUUUCAUGCAGAGGGAUUAUGCCGCGCACAGGAUGGGGGACAACUUGUUGUGCAGAGAUUGGGAGGCUGUCUUUGCCGCCUUGGACAGGAAGCAACAGGAGUGGUUGGAAUUCAACAUCGAAUGGGUGGCGCCUGAACUGACUGCACCGCAGAAUGAUCCUAUUUAGGUAGUACAGACGGAAUCAGACAUAUGCGUUCUCGUUGCAUGAUCGUAUUCAUUGCGUAUCACGGACAGGAACAGCUACGAAAGGGAAUGCAAGGCAACGGCGGCGGCCUGACGCUCGGCUCGCGCACAGGCUGAGCAGCCCGAGCCCACCAUCGAGGGUAACAACAUUCACUUCGUCGAGUGUUGCUUCAUGAAGAUGGCUCGACAGCGUGCCUAGUCAGCGCCGACAAACAAAGCGCCGGCAACAGAACCUACCGGGUUUCCCGCGCAGUCCAUCGUCAUUUUGCCACCACUCAAUGCUAGUCUCGUCACUUCCGUCGUAUGACAAAUGC